GUUCACAGUCAAGAUGUUUAUGCUGUGGCACCUCCUGCUCCUGUGCUGGGCUUGGAGUCCUCCAUGCCUUCCUUCCAGCGUGAGCUUCAUUGGUACACCAGAGGAGUGUAAAAAGGCUCAUUUCAUCCCCGGCUACAAUCUGGGUGGAGAAGGUUUUGACAUUGUCAAAAUGGAGAGGAAAGGAGCCUCCAUCAUCGACACUGAAACGUGGAAGACUGGGAAUGGCUCUUGUAAGCUGCAGAGAAACCCCUUCAUGAAAAAAGAAAAGCAGAAGGUACCUGUCGCUGUGGUGGACUGGAGAAUCAUCCCCAUGUGUGAUUUGAAGGUCUACAGCAUAGUCUACGACUCAGUUGAAAAGUUUGCCAAUGAUUCUGUGUCAGCUGUCUCCAAUGACUGGGAAAGCGGCCUUAAUUUCUCUGUAGACCCCACUCUCCCUUUUCAGCCAAUUUAUGGAGGUUCCCGAUCAAAAGAAUGCACCUUUGCCAUGCAAAAGUCAAAGAAAGACCGUUACACCUUCUUCCGUCAUUCUCUCUCUUGCAGUGUUUACCGCUACAGACUGGCAGCAAAACCUCCACUGACUCAUGAAUUUGAAUCAGCUGUGAACUCCCUUCCUGCUUAUUCACAAAAAACACAGGCAUCAUAUCGCAUUUUGAUCGAUACCUAUGGUACGCAUUACAUAACACAAGUUCUUCUAGGAGGAGACAUGAAGGCCAUCACUGCUGUCAGGACAUGCGAAGCGACCAUGAACGGCCUGUCAGCAACAUUAAUCAAUGAUUGUUUGUUAGUCGAGGCUUCGAGACGCUUUGCUCAUUCUAAUAGCAUUAAGUCAAUGAUGCAGUACUGUAACUCAAUAAAGAAAAAGCUGUCCAUGCCAAGCUUUAGUGGUAAAUUUCAUGAGCGGUUCACAGAGGUCACUGGUGGAAACAUCGAUGGAGCUGACAUACUCUUUCAAGCGCAGUCAGAUGCUUCUGUUUAUAAGAAAUGGCUCAACUCACUAAAAACUACACCUGAUGUGGUCCAAUACAACUUAAAGCCGCUGCACACCAUACUGCCAGCUAAUCAUUCUGCCACUGCUGGACUGAAGUUGGAGGUGGAGAAGUACAUUAAGAGAAAUGCUCUGCUGAAAAACUGCUCAGAAACCUGUAAGAUUGGCCACAGAGUGAACAAAAGAGAUCCUUGUGCUUGUGUCUGCAACAGUAACCAGAAUGUCAAGGCAAACUGCUGUCCUGCUGGGAAAGGUCUGGCAACCUUAAAGGUGUUCAAACUUUAUGCAAAGGGCCUGUAUGGUGACUGCUGUACUAAGACAGAUGGUUCAGUGAUGGUUAAAUAUGGUAAACAGGUAAAGCGCACUGCCAUUAUACUGAACAAUGAUAAUCCCAAAUGGUCAGAGGUAUUUGAGUUUGGACCCAUCAAUCUCAACAGUAAAAAUAAACUAAGUUUUAUGGUUUAUGAUGAAGACACAUACUGGAACAGUGAUCUGCUUGGCAAGUGUUCAAUUGACCUGCGUAGCGGAAACGUGACCGAAAGCUGCAUGUUUAAGCAUGGCACCUUCUUCUUUUCAUACAAAGUGGAGUGUGCGCCAAAUCUUGGUGGUAGGCUUUGUCGAGAUUACGUGCCGAUACCUUCUCAUCCCUUUCUGACCGAGGCCUUCGCCAACAGCUAUGAGAUGCUUGUUGUAGAGCCAGGAAAGAUUUAUGCUAAAAGACUGAAUGAUGAUACCGAAAUCUGAUUUCACCAUAAAUACGUUUCAUUAACCUUUGAUGUUAUUUCUUUGCUUUUUAAUUUUGCUUUGUCUUUUAUGUAAA